ACGAAGUUUUUGACAGCUGUCUCGAAAAGAGAAGAUCGCAGCAAUCCGCCAUCUUUACAUCAGCAGCAGUCGUAACGAGCGCAGCAAAGUGUGGUGUCCGUGCAAAUUUUUCCUCUUGUGACUUGUGCCCCCCAGGAAUCAGCACCGUAAACGACGAUGUCCGAGAACGUAGCAGCCCUGGCCGAGGUCGGCGUCAAGACGGCCCCGUGGGACCCGCGCUUCCCGAACUCGAACCAGACCAAGUACUGCUUCCAGAGCUACCUGGACUUCCACCGGUGCGAGAAGAUCAAGGGCGAGGGCGCGGACGUGUGCCAGUACUUUAAGAAUGUCUUCUCCGACAUUUGCCCGAACGGGUGGAUCGAGAAGUGGGACGGGCAGCGCGCCGACGGCAACUUCCCCGGCAAGAUCUAAGGCGACUGCGCGGCGGCGGGCGGACCUUUGUACAUUCUUGGAGAGGCGUGUGGCGAGCGAGCAUUUGAAGCGGAAGCUAAACAAACAGCAAAAUAAAGCUAAAUAGAAGAUAGUACCGUUGGAAAAUGA